CACACCCUCAGCAGAAGAGUACAACAGGUACCAAUCUGCCUUAUGAUCAGUUUUGUUGUGUUGUAGGUGGACAGGUUUCUGUAAAGGUGCUGGCUUUCUGGACGUGGUGUCUGCGCAGGAAUGGAUUUUAAGACUACUAUCAGUGAUGAAUAUAAAUCUCUCAAGAUGAGCAAAAAUGAAGAGAAUUAUCAAGACAGCAAAUGUCUGAGGGAUACAUUCAAUGGUAAUCUGGAAACUGGAGAUAAAUUGCAGAAGACUCACUCUGGGCAACAUAAUGACUUUUCAAAUGUAUUUGCUUCGAGCUUACUCCCUGCAGGAAAUGGCGAAAGAUAUACUGAAGACUUUCUGUUGGAUGUUUUCAAUAUUCUCUUCAAUCAUAUUAAAAAAACUUUUAAUGGGAAAAGCAAAGUUCUUGACUUCCACCAUCCUCACCAGCUGCUGGAAGGUUUGGAAGGAUUUAACUUGGAACUUUCAGAUGAGCCGGAGCCUCUGGAGCAGAUUCUUGUAGACUGUAGCGAUACCCUAAAAUAUGGUGUUAAAACAGGCCAUCCUCGUUAUUUUAACCAACUUUCUAGCGGACUUGACAUGAUUGGCCUCGCUGGUGAAUGGCUGACAGCAACUGCAAACACAAACAUGUUUACAUUUGAGAUUGCCCCAGUGUUGAUUAUUAUGGAAGAGUUAAUAAUCAAGAAAAUGCAGGAGCUGAUUGGAUGGAGGGAAAGAGAAAUGGAUGGCAUAUUUUCACCUGGAGGUACCAUCUCUAACCUUUACAGUGUCCUAGUAGCUCGGUACAAGUUUUUCCCUAUAGUAAAAACAAAAGGAAUGGCAGCGCUACCAAGGAUUGUGUUAUUUACAUCAGAGCAUAGUCACUAUUCUUUUGAAAAAUCAUCUGCGGUACUUGGCAUUGGGACAGAAAAUGUAAUUGCUGUAAAGUGUGAUGACAGAGGAAAAAUGAUUGUGUCUGACUUGGAAGAGAAAAUAUUAAAGGAGAAAGAGCAGGGACAUGUUCCAUUUUAUGUCAGUGCCACAGCUGGGACCACAGUGUAUGGAGCUUUUGAUCCUUUUUCAGAGAUUGCUGACAUUUGUGAGAAAUAUGGACUAUGGAUGCAUGUUGAUGCAGCUUGGGGCGGGGGAUUGUUGCUUUCAAAGAAACACAGAUUUAAGCUGAACGGCAUUGAAAGGGCUAAUUCCGUAACCUGGAAUCCUCACAAGAUGAUGGGUGUACCCUUGCAGUGCUCUGCAAUCCUCAUUAGAGAAAAGGGUCUCCUGCAAGCUUGUAACCAGAUGCGUGCCAAAUAUCUCUUCCAGCCAGACAAGCCAUAUGAUGUGACCUAUGACACUGGAGACAAAACAAUCCAGUGUGGUAGACAUGUAGAUAUAUUUAAGCUUUGGCUUAUGUGGAAGGCAAAGGGUACUUGUGGCUUUGAGUUUCAAAUUAACAAAUGCCUUGAAAAUGCAGAGUACUUGUACAAAAAGCUUAAAACACUGGAGAACUUUGAACUCGUUUUUCCUGAUGAGCCUGAGCAUAGUAAUGUUUGCUUUUGGUAUAUACCACCCUGUCUCCAUGGUAUGCCAAGAGAUGAAGAAUGGAAUGCAAAGCUGCACAAGGUUGCUGCCAAAAUUAAAGCAAGAAUGAUGGAAGAAGGAACUACGAUGGUCAGUUACCAACCUCUUAAAGACAAGCCUAACUUCUUCCGAAUGGUGUUUUCCAAUCCUGCCUCUGAUAAGACUGAUAUAGAUUUCCUUUUGGAAGAGAUUGAACGGCUGGGGCAUGACUUGGAAUUGUGAUAAUGAUGCAAUGUUACACCUUACUGAAAAAGCAAAAGUACUGUAUAUGGAUCUUUUUUAAUAAAGUGGUUUUUAUUAACCUUCCUCAAAAGGGAGACCGUUUUCAAA